AUUGGAUCCCAUUAGGCACUUUAAUGGAAUAAAGAUCGACCGCCAACUCAUCACAACAUGGGCAGAGAGAUGGCGAAAGGAGACACAUUGCUUCAUUUUUGUGAAGGCGAGUGCACCAUCACACUUAAGGACAUCGCCAUUCUAACCGAUUUGUCCAUCGAUGGCGAUGUUAUUUGUGUGGACUCUACUCCACCAGGUAAAGCCAAUAUGAGUGGUUGGCAGCAUUUCAUAUGGAUCGUCAUAGGGUUGUGUCCGCCAGAAAAGGGAGAUCACGAUGCGGAUGGUAAUCCACCAAUGUCCAAGGGCCAAGUAUCCAUCACUUGGUUGACAGCGAAGAUCCGGCGUAAGCACAACCCUGAGGUCGAAGGCAUUCCCCUCAAGGAGGAAAGUUCGGAGCAAGAUAAAGAAAUUUAUGCAUGUAUCUACAUCCUCGGCAUGAUCAUAGGAGUUUUCUUCCCCAAAAAAUCAAACAAUUUAAUAAAAAAUUCAUGGUUGAAGAUCAUAUUUGGAGAUUAGGAUGAUAUGGGGAACCUCUACUUGCCUAGCUCAUCUCUACCGCUCCCUUUGUAAUGCUAGUUCGAGAGCGGUGAAGGAGAUUGAUGGGGCCAAGUUCAUCGUCCAAUUUUGGGUUUGGGAACAUCUGGCAUGGACGCGCGAAGGAAGACCCCGACAAGGAUUGGGGACUCGACCAUCCCCUACGACAUGAAGCUUAUGGUUGUAGGUGGCUUGGGGAAACAACAUGCGACAACCAAGUCGCGCAUAAGUUGGAGGAGUAUCGUAGGAGGCUGGAUC